GCAAUGGUAAACACACACACCCACACACGAAGUUACAACACAAGAGCGUCAACACACGCACGCCCUUCCAAAAAGUAUGACUAAGUUUUUCUUCCGAACUGAUAAGCGUUCAAACAAUGUUUCAUUGAAAGAAGAAGAAAAAGAGUUUCUAAGCAUCACCCCCUUCACACUCUAACUUCAAACCAAUAUACGCAGAGUGAGGACUCUGCAUGCUGUUUCCGACUAGAAUGAUGUUAUCCAAUUGUAUGAUAAGUGCCAAAGUUAUAUCUCUUAAUUAUAUCAGUUCAAGAGUUUCUGAAGUUGGUCUUGCUGCAUUCUUUAACAAAGCCGCAUUCGGCCAGAAGCAAUGCUCUUCAUGCUUCUCCUUUAAUUUCAGUCGACCUUGUUUGAUGGUCGAUUUCAAGAGGAUUAGAAGCAGCAUAAACGACAACAGUUUUAGUCCUUCGACUUCAAACGGAACUAACAGAAGAACGCGUAUAGUUAGAGUGAUUCAAGAAUUUCAAACCAAGUUAGGCUCUAAAAUUCAGAAGGUAAAGAAAAACCUUCCAAUGAAGCUUCUUUUCUUCUUGGCUGGAUUUUAUUGUGCAACCGCCUUUUCCACUGUUAUUGGACAAACUGGCGACUGGGAUAUUCUAUCUGCUGCUUUGGCUGUUGUUGUUGUGGAAGGCAUUGGUGCUCUUAUGUAUAGUUCUUUUCUUCCUUUAAUCACCAAGCGCCUAAUAUCGGUGUUUAAUUAUUGGAAAGCUGGCCUUACACUCGGACUUUUCUUGGAUUCAUUCAAAUAUUGAUUUGAUUUUAUAUUGGACAUUGCUGUCAAAUAGCAGCUAUAUCGGUGUUUUAAUGCUAUAGUGUGGUGGAACUUUAACGAAUCGUUAUUCUUCACGAUUUAGUAUAAAGUGUUGCCAAACAACAACUAUUGCAGCGCUGUAGCAUAGCGGAAUUUGAACAAACUGCUAUUUUCUAGUGAUCCGUGAUUGACGACACAGAUACUGGAUGCAUUAAUACCUUCCAUGAAAAUCAGAAUUUCUCAGUGGUUUUCAUCACUUGGCAUUUAUUAAGCAGUUGAUUUGUAGUUAUUGCAUUUGGGUUUUUUAUGCAAUCAACUCGGCGGUUUUUUAUCACAAGCUAGGGCAUUCAAGUUGAAUAUUUUUCUUGGCAUCGGAUAAUUGCUUUUGAGAUUCAUAGGUGUUCAUUCUGCAACGGUGUUCUGACGUUCUGACAAUUCAGAGCAUAAAGUGGUUCAUUUUUAUGUUGAGUUGCUAGCAUGGAUGAUGAUACUGGUGAAACUGCAUACUCUUUGCAGUAAAUAUGUCACUGUUCUACAACAAAAGUGAUGUAACUCUACCAUCUCGAGGAACCUCGAACGCCUGUCAGACUGGUACCUAGUUUGAUAGGAAUUGUGAAAUUCAGCUCAAAUAGAACAUCAGAUAAGUGGUUGUGCAUCAUAUAUAUUGCAGGAAGUACAAGAAUUUUUAACAAUACAUGUCUUCCAGGUUCCAUUAAGAACAGCAUAUAAUGACAUUUGUUAUAUAGUUUCAAGAUGUGAUAUUUGUUAUUGUGCUUAUGAAAUUAGUUCUCAUUUGUUACUUAUUUGCAGGUUUGUGAGGAGUCUUUGGAGUUGGUUAAGUUUUGUAUGUCAAAUUAACAUUGUCCUUAGUUCUAUUAUCCAGACUCUUGGUAUUUGUGAGAGAGGUUGAUCUAAGCAAUGCAGAGAUGUGAUUUUAGCUAGUAUUAUUAACAUCUGAGAUGUUAUUUGGUUUUGUAGAAAUGAAACUCAUUUUGAAGAUAAAAGAAUGAGUGCUCCGGUUGUUGUUAUUUUUCGUGCCAACUUUUUCAGCAUCAGACCAACACCACAAUUUUGAGCGUGAAUGAUUAUGAGUUUUUGUGUGCAAGCUCUCUUCUAUUAGGCAACAUUUUGUUCAUGUGUAUAUCUAUUAAUAACGGGUAGAUCAAAUGUUAAGAGAGAUUAAGACAAAAAGAGAGAUUGAGAGGAUGUGAAUUCAUAUUUUGGUCAAUAGUUUUGGAGAUUAGCUAGAUGGUUAAAUUUGAUUUAUUAGUUGGUUACACUUAGUAUGUUAAGUUUGAAAUAUACUCUAUAAAUAGAUCUAAUAUAUUCAUUGUUUUAGUA